AUGCUUGGAAGCAUUGAUUGUAUGCAUUGGAGGUGGAAGAACUGUCCCACGGCGUGGACUGGUUCUUUCAGGGGCCAUGUCAAUGCACCGACUAUCAUUCUAGAAGCUGUGGCGUCGCAGGACCUAUGGAUUUGGCAUGCCUUCUUCGGAAUGCCAGGUUCAUUGAACGACAUCAAUGUGCUCCACCGGUCACAUCUCCUCGACAACCUUGCUGACGGUGUAGCACCCAAGGUACACUACUCCAUUAAUGGACACCAUUACACAAUGGGGUACUAUCUUGCAGACGGGAUCUAUCCGGAGUGGGCGACGUUUGUGAAGCCCAUACAAGCUCCAGUUGGCAAGAAGCGGCAACACUUCGUGGUGCAGCAAGCGGCUGCACGAAAGGAUGUUGAACGGGCAUUUGGAGUCUUGCAGUCUCGAUUUCCCAUAGUCCGUGGAGCUGCGAGGUUGUGGGAUCAGGAGACCCUGAAUGACAUAAUGACGUUCUGCAUUAUCAUGCACAACAUGAUAGUCGAAGAUGAGAGACUGGAAGGGGAAGUCGAAUACGUGUACGAGGGUUCGGGUGAGGACGUGGUGCCGUCCCACGAACCAACCCCCCCCCCCCCCCACUUGAAGCAUUUAUGGAAAGGUACGGGCGAAUUAGAAGCCGACCGGCGCAUCAUCAACUCUGGGAUGACAUAG